AUGAACUCCAAGCCCGGCCAGCUGGUUUCCAUCGAAAGGUCCCCCGAGAGAAAGCCCCUCCGAGGCGGCGGCCAGGGUCGGCGCGGGAGAGACCCACUGAGGCGGCCCGGGGGCGGCCGCACGGCAGGGCCAGGGUGUGCCCGGCCUCCGUUUUACCUUUGUUUCAGCUUUCCUGUUAACAAGUUCCCGAGGGCUGUGCGGGCGAACUGGCCUGGGAGCCCCAAAAGUGGGAGGGGCAGGGCCGUCCCCCGCCUUCUCUGCUCGGUGGGUGCCCCCGGGGCAGGCGGUUUCCACACCUCCCGGGAAGCCACUGCCCGGGACCCAGCAGGGCGUGCACUGGAGCCCGCACCGCCCCAAACCCGGACUCCCACGGCUCUGCCGCCGGCCCAGCUCCGCGAGGCCCCUCCGGCCCCGCUGGCCAGGCCGGUCCCCGCCCCCAGGCCCCGGCCCCGCCCGCUCCGGCCUCCGCGCACCGCCCCCCGGCCUCGCCACCACCCUCGGGCAGGGCCGGGGGCGCCCUGGCUCCAGGCCGCGCGGCGGGCGUCCCCGCGCCUACCUCAGCGCCCGCGGCUCCUCCUCCGGCUGCUGCCCCGGCUCGCGGACGGCGCUUGCCACCAGAACCCCCGGCGGCGCGGAAUCUGGGAGUCGAGUGCAGCGUGUGAAGAGCUGAGGCCCGAACGCGCCCCGCCCGUCCGCCCGUCACCUCCUCCCCCUUAUGCCCACCCUCCGCCGCGCGCUCGGCGCCCCGCCCCGCCCGCCAGGCUCCGCCCACCCCGCCGCCCGGUGUCGGGAAGGGGGCCGCCAGGGGCGCUGUGA